GCCGCGGUCCGCCCUCCUCUUCCGCCGCAGCGCGGGAAGGGGGCGCGGCCGGGACCCCACCCCGCGGACUGCGGGCCCCUCUCGCGCCAUGGCUUCGGGCGGCGGCCUCUAUGGAGACGCUUCCCCCUGAGGCGGGACGAAGGCGGCGCCACCAUGGCUCUCCGCGCGGACCGCCCGGGCGCCCAGAAUCUGGAAUCCCUUGACAGCUACAUCCAGAACACACUGUCAGCACUCUACCCACCAUUUGAGGCCACAGCAGCCACGGUGCUCUGGCAGGUUAUCAGCGUGGCAGAACGGCUCCAUGGAGGGGACGGACUACGCUGUCUCACGGACUUCCUCAUCCCGGCCAAGAGGGCGCUGCAGCACCUGCAGCAGGAGGCCUGUGCUAGGUACACAGGCCUCAUCUUCUUCCAUGAAGGCUGGCCCCUGUGCGUCCAUGAGAAGGUGGUGGUGCAGUUGGCGUCCCUCCGUGGAGUCAGGCUCAGGCCUGGAGACUUCUACCUGCAGGUCACGUCGGUGGGGAAGCAGUCGGCCAGGCUGGUCUUAAAAUGCCUGUCCCGGCUGGGGCGUGGCUCAGAAGAGGUGGCUGUGCCUGAGGCCAUGUACGGCUCUGUCUUCACAGCAGAGUUCCUGGACCGGGUGAACAGGGAUCGCAACAGUGUCCUCUUGAAAAACUGCCUGCUCACCUCAGGCUGCGCCGUCUACCGUACCCCAUGGAGCAACGUCACGGCGCCUGUGUUUAUGCCCACCACCGGAAGUGUCGUGUGCCGCUCCUCCAGCCGUCCUGGGCCCGAGCAGCUGCCCAGCAGUGCCUCGGAGGCCCCGGCCCCAGCACCAGCUAUGGCCAGCCCCCAUCCCCAGAGGGGCACCCUGCCCCGCUGCUGUGGGCAUUCCAGCAGCGAGCAGCCCAGCCACCUCCCUCACCUGAGAAGAGCCAAGUGGGAAAGCCCCAGGACCCUGCCUGGGAGCUCUGCUGUCUGCCCAUGUGAGCCCCCUGAGAGCCUGAAAGAACCGGAAGAGAGGCUGGACCCUGUGGACAUGGACGAGAAGGAUGGCCCCCAGGCCCUCAGCUCCCACGAGGACAUGAGCACAAACUCCAGAAGGUGUCCGUCCAGGGCCACAGCUGGCGUGGAGGCCAGACGCUGGUUCAGGAAGUCCUACAUGGAGGCCCUGCGGAACCCCAUGCCCCUGGGCUCCGGCUCCAAGGAGUCCAUCACAGUUGAGGCUUGCGAUGUCCAGCGCGAGGAGCCCAGAGCAGCAGCCAGCUUGACCCAGAGAGAACCCGCCAGCCCGCAGGGAGACCCCCAGGAGAUCCAGAGUCAAAAGUGCUGUCCAGAAGCCACUGGGAAGACCCUUCCCAGGCGGUCUCGAUCCUGGGACCCAUCCCUAAGGAGCUCUCGAGGUGACGUCCGGCAGGCCACCCCCAACUCAGCCAGUGCUGGGCCGGGAGGUUUCUUAGGAGGACAAGCUGUGGACACCGGAAACUCAGGCGCUAGCCGCCCUUCUGGCUACAGCAAAGAGGAAGAAAUGUUCUGUGAAGAACAAAAACAGCCACUGGGAAGAAGUGAAAAGUGUGAAAGUGCCGUGGGCCUGAGGAAGCAGGUGUGGUCCGAGCAGUGGGCCAGCAAUAAGGCGGAUGCCUGCAGGUUCCCAGCCGCGCUCACUGAGCUGCUGUGCCCUGAGGAGGAAGGAUGGCCAUCUAGCACAGACCUGCCCAGCCAGGUGCCCAGGCCGCCGCUGGAGGUGAAUCAGGAGCUGCUGCAGUCUGGGGCCGUCACCCUCCCAGGGACCCGAGACCGCCAGGGGAGAGCAGUGGUGCAGGUCUGCACAAGGGGCCCACUCUGGUCCAGUCAACACGUGUCCAGUGCCGAGCUGACCUGCCUGCUGAAGUACCUCCAUGGCAUCCCCAGGAAGGAGGUGCAGGACCUGGGGCUGGUCAUCCUGGUGGACGCACGCGAGAGUCCAGCUGCCCCUGCCCUCUCCCAGGCCCUGACAGCUCUGCAGAGCACAUCUCCCCCCGCCAUUCACAGUGUUUUGCUCUUGGUGGAUAAAGAAUCAGCACUCAGGCCUGACAAGGACCCAGUGAUUCAGUGUGAGGUGGUGGGUUCCCUGAAGGCCCUGCACAAGCUUGUCGACAGCUCCCAGCUGACUGCAGAGCUCGAAGGCUCCUUCCGCUACAGCCACAGUGACUGGAUCUGCCUCCGCAGGAAACUGGAGACCUUCACCGCAAACUGCCAGCAUGCCAUUGGUUUCCUCCAAACUUCCGUCCACUCCCUGAACGCCCACAGGCCCCUCAGCACAGCUCAGGAGGUCGCAGAGUUAAUCAGACAACACAAGGCCCUGAUGACACGCGUCCUGGAGGACCCGCUGCUGGUCACCCUGCGCCUGGACGGUGGCACUGUGCUGGCGCGGCUGAGGAGGGAGGAGCAUGGAACCAGCGAGGAUGGCAGAGACUCCAUUGAAGCUGCCUCCCGGUUGUAUAACCAAGUGGACGAAGAGGUGCACAGGCUGGUCCUCACCUCCAACAGGUGUCUGCAGGAGCUGGAGACCCUACGGGAGCUGAGGACACUUCAGGAGGGAGGCGAUCAGGCCUGUGCAGCGCGUCACCGCACAAAACAUGGCGGGACUAAACCCAGCACAGGAGAAAAGGACGCGCUCACGAGACGCGAGGGGUCAGGCUGUGACAGCCCUUCGCUGCCGACCAGCAUCCCCUUUGCUUCACAGGUGACCAGGUGUAUGUCGUGUGGCUGUGAGUGCCUGGAACCCCUGGGCCCAGCACGUGUCACUGAGUAUUUGAAGAGCUGUCAGCACGAGACCAUGGAGGGUUCUGAGAGUGUCCCCAGGGCAAGCAAGGUGAUGGUGCCACAGAGUCACGCCUUGCGGCUGCCAUGCCAGCAGACCCGACUCUGCUUCCACGAGGCCCUUCCUGAGGCCGCCCCAGGCCCUGGCACCUUACCUCUGGGCCAGAGCCCCCCAAGGCACAAGCUUGUCCCGGGGGCUGAGGCACAGCACCACGAGCCAUUCUGGACCCCCCUCGCUGACCCGAAGGGCCGUGCUGCGGAGUGGGCUCAACUGCUGCCCAGCCUCCAUGGACAAGCUGCUCUGUGUGGGCAGGAGGGUGCACACCUGGGCCCAGGUGUGCUCACCCCGGACAACAGCUCCACCAGCUCCUCUGAGCCCCAGGCCCCAGUCGCCCACUCCAGGAAGAAAAUGAUGAAGACGACGCAAAGCUUCGAGACUUCACAGCUGGACGGCAGCCCCAGGGACUCCCGCUGGCCAGGCCACACUGGGGUCUUCAUCAAAGGCCUGGAGGUGACCAGCACUGUGGCCUCAGAGAAGCCCCCAUCGAGGCCACAUGCCGAGAGCCCCAUGGACACUCGGAACCAGAGCCUGUCUUCUCCCUCCAGGACCCACCCCUCUGAGGAGGACGGGAGAAGGCCAGCCGGCAGCAGCCGCCUGCAGCACAUCAUGGCCGAGAUGAUCUCCACAGAGAGGGAAUAUGUCAGGUCCUUAGGCUACGUCAUCGACAACUAUUUUCCAGAGAUGGAGAGGGCGGACCUGCCGCCCAGCCUACGGGGGGAGCGUGGCACCAUCUUCGGGAACUGGGAACAGCUGCACAGCUUCCACUGCCAGCACUUUCUCCCGGAGCUGGAGCACUGCCGGCAGCAACCCCUGGCCGUGGGCCGCGGGUUCCUGAGACACGAGGAGCAGUUUGGGAUGUACGCGCUCUACAGUGAGAACAAGCCCCGGUCCGACGCCCUGCUCUGCAGCUAUAGCCACGUCUUCAAGGACAAGCAGCGGGCGCUGGGUGACAAGAUGGACCUGGCGUCAUACCUACUGAAGCCGGUGCAGCGCAUGGGCAAGUACGCGUUGCUGCUGGAGGACCUGCUCAGGGAGGCUGGGCGCUGGCCCGCCUGUGAGCCAGAGCUGGCUGAGCUGCGGGCCGCCCAGGAUGUGGUCCGUUCCCAGCUGCGUCACGGCAACGACCUGCUGGCCGUGGACGCUGUGCGUGGCUGCGAUGUGAGAGUGGCUCAGAAAAGUGUCCUUCAUUCUUCUGUUUCAGAACUCAGGAUGCAACAAAUGGUAUCCAUGGGGUUAGGCAGCAAACCGUUCCUAGACAUCAAGGCCAGCGACGUAGCCCUAAGUGACCGGGCCGUCAAUUACAUCAUGAAGGGAACAGGGUCGAGAGCCCGAGCGUCCACAGCUGUGCCCUCCUGUGACCACACCGCCCCUUCCAAGAGGCCGCACUCUACCAUCUCGGACAGCAGCACCUCCUCCUCCAGCAGCCAGUCCUCCGCCCUGCGUGUGCCCGGGGGCCUGCUGAGCCCCGCCGUCUCUCCCUGGCCCCAUGGUGCCCGCACCUGCAUCAGGGAGGACGAGCUGGAGCAGGAGACCGGGGCCCAGCCUCAGCUGCAGUAUUCAUCGGCACAGUGAGUGUGGAGCCCAGAACCGGGGACCCCGAAGGGACUAGAGAGCACUUUGCACACACACGGGCGCCUGUUCCCAGCAACUGGACGGGGACCUCGCGGUGUGCAUACUCAGGAGGCGGGAGCGUUCCAGCGAGCAGCUCCCCCGACACCGCCCACCAAAUCGUGCACAAGGCCCGGCAGCACCAAACAGGCUGCAGGCAACCUGACUCCAUCCAGGACCAAAGCUCCCAGGCUCCCAGGGUCCCACAGACCUGCUGCCCCAGCAGGGUCCGUUCACCUUGACGUCCAGGCAGUAAUAGGCAAGCGGACGAGUGGGAGACAAACCAGAUGAGAAGGGUCAGGAGCUGACGUGGGUGUUGGAAUCGCUGCCUGUGGCGUCCCAGCCAUUGUUAUAACUGUUCCUAAUGUCCCAAAAAGGUACGUAAUGGCAUGGAGGCUACGAAAACACCAGCUGAAGCUGUGGUAUCUGAGAUGAAAAUGAUACUGGAUGGGCUGACAGGAAUGUUAGUGAACUUGACGUGUCAGCAAAUUAUCCGAAAUGGAACGUAAUGAAGCGGAGGAGGAACGGCACACCAGUGAGCUGUGGGGCAGCGUCAGUAUCCUGAUAGACAUGUACUAGCGUUCCCACACUGCAGGGACAAGAUUCGGAAGACACGAUGGCGGACUCUUUCCCAAACUGGAUAAAAGCAAACCCACAGCCCACAGAAGACCAUGAGCCCCAAGCCCGGGGUCAUGAAUGCUCAUCAUAAUCAAACUGCAAACCAGUGGCAGACAAGAGACAGCCGGCAGUCAUGGGCGUCGGGACAGGGUCAGGGCGUGAUGUGUCUGAUGACUGACAACACUGCCUACCUAGAAUUCACACCUCACAAAGUUGUCUUCCAAAAGCAGUGUCACACAAAGACGUUGUCAUCCACCCGAAGCUGCAUGUUUGUCACUACAGACCAGGGAGGAGGAACGUGACGCAGAUGGGAAAGGGGUUGGAGGUUGUGGGAGGACAGCUUGCCCUGUUACUUGUUUGCGAGAUCACUGCUGCCUCAACACAUGUGGUAUACAUAUCAGCAUAAUGUAACACUGACUGACACGCGUGAGGUCCUGACGUGCCUGCUGUGUCACAUGUGCUGCCAGCAGCUCGCAGGCUGGGAGCCGGGAGGGCAGCUCGGGAAUCGCACUGGUGGCUUUUCUGUUUGAUGUGAGUUCUAUCACUUGGAGGUAGAUUGCAACCUGUUAAACUGUAAACCCCAAAACAAACACUAAAACAAAACAGAUACAGCUAAUACAGCAACCAACGAGGCAAAUAGAAUCAAGAAAAAAAAAAUUCAAAAGAACAUAGAAAAAGAGGGGAAGGAACAGGACAGAGGGCUUGCUAGUCACGGGAACACGAAUGGCACCAGUAUCCUCUCUGGCUCGUGUCCACUGUAUCCUUAGAGGUGCGCAGUUUACUGUAUCACUGGGUCCCACUGAGACAGUAUUCUGGGCAAGUACAGGCAUGCGACAGCUCCACUGGGUUGGUUAUCUCAGUGUCCUGCGUGUGGCUUGGACGACCUGGGUUCAGGUUUCCUCAGAUGGGCGAGGUCGGUCAGAGACACCCGUCCUUGGGCCACAUUGCCUGGGACACGUGCCCUCCCAAGCCCAGAAUGUGCAUUGCCACCAUGACAGCAUCUCUGAGGACUUUGCCACUGACCACCAAGGCAUCUGCCUGUUGGAGGUGUUGCACAUGGAACCUGCUGGGAGGCCAGGUGGCCAGGUGCUGCAUGCCUGCCCAGAACCAGCGUGGACACCCUUGGCAGGCCAGGCGCACAUCGGGGACAGCGGCAUUGCCGCCCAGAGCGAAUGCCCCUCCUCUGGACCGUCCUUUGGCUCCGGGACCACAGGUGGCGCCCAUCGGGACUGGUGCCGCCUCCCGUGUAGCCCGAGUCUGGAAGCCGGGAGGCGGGUGUGAGGACAAGGUGUGGGUUCAGCUCGGCCGUGCUCGGCUCUCGCGACCCCUGCAACAGACGUGCGAAAGCCCCCACUGCCCACGCGGGAGGUUGACACUGCACCCGGCCAGCGGCCUAGAGGGCAGGUCCCAGCUGUGGGAGUGACCGGGCCUGGACCCUGUGCUGCAGCUGACACAGGACGGCCAACAGCCCUGUGGGGGCCACCAAAGUGCCACCCCAGCCGUCCUGUCGGGCUCCUGGUUUCCUGCUGUGGCCCUUCUUUGUCCUCACUUUGUGCUCCAGAGGCCACGGAGCCACCCCGUGUGAGCAGGCGGAUGCCCUCCUGGUCUUCCGUCUACACUGGGUGCUCUGAUUUCAGAAAAGUGGGUCAGGAAACACCUGUCCAUGAGCCCUCCAGCCUCGCUGUCCUGCUCCGACCC